AUGGCUGAAGCGUUGGCCGCCGAGCUGUCUGCGCAAAUGCUCGCCACGCCCUGUCCGGGUCUCGAUGAGAACAGCAUCGAGGAGGAGGCGGCGUUGCUCAAGCGCUUGGCCAAGUCCAUUCGCGAUCGACGCCAGUUUUGUUCCUCCCGUGAAUUUGUGACCCUGUUUGCACACCUCGCCCAGCACCGCCUGGCCCCCAUGACCCCGCGCCUUGCUGAGCUGGCCAGCUCCACUUCGACCGAGGUCGUCAGCUUUGAACCCCCUCUCGUUCUCCACUUGGUUCAAAGUGCUACCCUACUACGCAUCCUGGCUCGCGACCCAACGCUUCUGGGCAAUGUCUCGGGCCUCCCCUCGCUGGCCCUGGCCUGUAUGGACCUCGGACGCGCCUGUGCGGCCCGUCAUCGUACGACGGGCCUCUCCAAGCCCUGGCGCGUCAUUUGGGCCGAAGCCAGUUGCCUGCUGGUCAAAGCAAGCGAGGACAAUGACGCCCUUGCUGCCUUGGCCACCCCCACCUUUGAGCGCGAGCUCCUCCGCGACCUGUCUGGCGUUCCCGUCACCGUCCAGCAGAACAAUUUGCUCAUCCUCCUUGCCCUCGCUCGCAGUGACGAGGUCCGAGAACGUCUCGGCGCCACCGAGGCCGCCAUCGUCUGCAUCGAAUUGCUUCAAGACUCCUCCACCGCCUGGAGCGUCAGCCUGGCAGCCGCUCGCCUCCUCGCCCGCCUGGCCGACCAAGCCGUUGUUCAGGACGAUUGUGUCACCCACGGCAUGAUCCACGCCUGCAUUCUCCAGCUGCAGGAUCGCAACACUGCACUCCUCCUCCCCACCGUCCAAAUUCUUGAACACAUUUCCCCAAACUACCAGGAAGAAGUUCGUGCCGCCGGUGCCAUUCCAGCUCUCAUUCGGCUGCUCCAACGAUUCGGCCCCGAGCUCCCCCCACCCCCUUCCACCGCCACCAGCACCGCCACCGGCCGCCCUCUGCUCUCCGCUGCCUCUCGCCCCACUUCCUCCCGCCCCACAUCGGCCUCGGUGCGGCCCAGUAGCUCUGGGGGCCGUGACACGCCCUCCGACACCAGCUCCAGCUCCCCGGGCGUUGCAGGAGGACGGCCCAUGGUCACCUCCCUCCUGUGUUCAACCUGCUCCGUCCUCACAGAUUUGGCGCGCUCGGAGAUUAACGCCGUGGCCAUCCAAGAAGCCAAUGCCAUUUUCCUAGCUGCUUGCUUGCUCAUCACCUCCAUUCAACUCACCGAUGCGGACCAAUCGGAGACAGCCCGUCAGUCGGCAGCCUCGCGCCUAAUGGCUUACGUAUUAAGGUUGCUGCGCUUUUUAUUUUCCGUCGCCCGCAAUCGCCGCUUCUUCAAGCGCAUGUUCCCGCCCGACCUCUUUGCCGACUUUAUCGAUGUUGGCCACUAUCAGUACGAUCUGAACAAGUACCGCAUCAUGGCCAAGGUCAUCCUGCGCAUGGGGGACCGGGCACGACGACGCCUCCACUAUGCCGUUCUGGAAACCAGCGUUCACAACGAACCCAUCAAACGCAUCAACAACUAUCAAGUCUUUGAAAUUCUUGGCUCGGGCUCAUUUGGCAGCGUCUAUCGGGCCAAACAAAUCAUCGACGAAAGUGACAGCAAGGCAGGGCGCACUGUCGCCCUCAAAGAAAUGCCCCUAAAGAACCCGUUGUUGUUCGGUUCGACAGAUGCCGAGCGUAGCCACAGCCUCAAGCUCAUUGAAAAUGAGAUCUCCAUCAUGGAAAAUGCCAAGCUCAAGCAUCCAAACGUGGUCAAGUACAUGGACAGCUUCGUAGACGGCUCCAACCUCUAUGUCGUCAUGGAAAUGGUGGAGGGUGCUUCCUUGCAGGAGAACGUCAACGCCCUGAAGGAAAAAGGGCAGACGUUCCGUGAGACCCGCAUCUGGCGAAUUGCCAUCCAAAUUGUCAACGGGCUUCGCUAUAUUCAUAAGGAUUGUAAAGUGGUGCACCGUGAUGUCACCCCCAAUAACAUCAUGCUGGGCUGGUACGACAAGGUGACGAUUAUUGACUUUGGCCUUGCGCGCAAGGGACAGACCGGCAGUACGCUUAUGCAGUCCUCCGUGGGCACCUUGUGCUAUUCAUGUCCGGAGAUUGUGACCGGCGCGCCUUAUGGUGCGAAAAGCGAUAUAUGGUCACUUGGGUGCAUUUUCUAUCAACUGGCCACACUGGAGCCGCCGUUCAACACCACGAACAUGCUGGCUCUUGCCAAGCGCAUCGUGGAAGCACGGUAUCCGCCCCUGCCAGACACCCAGCCUGAACUCCUGCGCAACGUCAUUGAUCGCUGCUUGACUGCAGACGCCGCCAAGCGUCCAGAUAUUGAUGAGGUGUGCCAUCUUUUGGGCCCGGUGAUCAUGCGGGAGUACAACGAUGCCGUACUGACGUUGGAAGUCAAAGACCGCAUCAUUUCACAAGAGCGAUCGCUGAAGCAACGGCUGCGAACCGAAGCUCAGGAACAAAAGUCGUCCUUUCGUAACUUAUUGCGCAUGGCACAUGGCUCGGCCGUCAAUGGCCAUGGGUCACGCUUGCCCUCGGUGCUCGAGUCACCGGGUGCUUUGUCGUCGAGUAUGACGUCCAACUUGUUUCUUACCCAGCGUGGCGUGGGCAGUGCCUCUGCCUCGAUGAAUCACGGCGCUGGUGCCCUGCGCUCCGCAAGUCGCAACGGCCGUGGCUCUGGCGGCAGUGGCGGUGAAGGGCCCAUUUCUGUGCGCACUGAGGAAGAAGAAGUCUUUGAUGAGGGUGGCCCACCCGAGGGACGUUCUCGGGCGGCGAGCGAGCGCUCGGAAGCUGGUCUGCGCCUGCCCACUUCAGCAUCCAGUACGAUGCGCCACUCGCGGCCAGCCAGCGGCAUCGCCAAGACCCUAUUGAUCCCAACGCAGGAGUUGCGGCCAAUCCAAGACCCGACGGUGUCGCUGCUGCAGCCCUUGCACAAGCUGGUGUUUGUGUGCAAUCGUCCUGCACCGCGGCAAGCCGACCCGGCGCGCCACGUCAUCACGCAUUUUCGGCGUGAACUGUUUGCAUCGGGCCCCACAGCAUUUCGCACACAUUUGCAGCGCCUAUCACAGGCAGCUGAUGCCGCCGUUGGCAUCGACUUUGGUCCCGCGGCCGCAGCCGUUCGGCAAUGGGUUGAAGGACCGGAAACGAGUGAAGGCAUAGAGCCCAGUUUCGAUGGCAACACCACCCGCAUGCUCAAGAUUGAUCCAGAUAUGGUGGAUCGACAUAGUCUCACAUACCGCCAGCUACGGCAACUUAUUGAGCAGCAAGCAAAUGUGCUGGGCUAUUACGAUGCAUAG